AUGGGUGGGUCAAUGUCAAGGAUUGUGUCAGGUAUAUAUAUUGGUGGUGUCGCCAGUGCACAAGCCAAGUCUCAACUUGAGGAAUACGGUAUUACACACGUAUGCAGUGUUCUCCAUUACGAUUUCAAGUGUCCCUCCAGAAAACACAAAUUAUUUCGCGCAGAUGAUGAUGCUAAGCAGGACAUAUCUAAAUUCUUUAGAGAUGCGUGCUUUUUCAUUCAUGAGGCCAGAGUUUCUGGAGGUACAGUGUUGGUUCACUGUGCCUGUGGUGUAUCGCGUAGUGUAACAAUAACUAUCGCUUAUCUGAUGACUAUUACAAAUAUGCCUUUGCCAAAAUUGGUUAAAGCAGUUAUCGCUGCAAGACCAUGUGCUUGUCCGAAUAGUGGAUUUUUGGAACAAUUAAGAGACUAUGGAAAAUCUGGUGCUGCAGCCAAAGUUAAACAAGAACUGAUUGAACAUUUCGGUGAAUGGCCUAAAGAAAGACAAGAGGCUGAUAUUGCUGAAUUAACAGAACUGUUGCUCAGGCCAGAAAGUGCUACUUGUAUUGGUGCAACCGGUGGGAUUGUAGUUCCAGAUGACAGUUUUGGAGAUGCUGUUGAUAAUAACAGUAGUAAUAUUAAAUCUGGUAGUAAUUAUUCAUCACAGACAACGUAUAUUGCAAGAAGACCGGAAAGUUAUACAAUCUAUCAAGAUAAACCAUUGUAUAUGCAAAGAUUACUUGCUGAAUGCGAUGAUACAGUGUCGACUACAUCGACAUCAUCGUCAGUGAUAGACAUCACACAGAAAAAUGGGGAUAAAAGGUAACUUCAUUGAGAUUUCUAAUCUCCGAUUACUAUUCUUACCAUCAUUAUCAUUAUCACUAUUAUCAUUAUCAUCACGACCAAUAAUAAAUGUAAGUAAAACUACCUUCACCCAAUCCCCCUUUAUGAAACAAUCAGUAUCUUUAUUUAUGAUCUAUUUCCUCCUCUUCGUCUAGUUCUUCUUCUUCAUUAUCCCUGCAUUUUUAUGAAUCUCUAAAUAUGUACAAGAUCUUUGCUUACAGCGUUUCCACUUGCUGUACUUCUACUACUAGUGCUUCAAACGAGAACUUGGUAUUAGUCGAUGAAAUCCUUGACAGUUGGUUUGUGCUAACCAUAUAGGGAGGAGGUGUAGACUGCCUAGGUGAGACCACCGGCGGUUUCCAAGAUCCACUGGCUGGUGAUAUGACUCCGAAAUCAUUGUCACUCUUUGUAAUCUGCUCAGUCUGUUAAGUCCUACUGUUUCCUGUUUUCCAUCUUACUAUCUUACUUUCUCCGUCACAUUUCUCGCUUAUUAUUAUUAUUGUUCUUUCGAAUCUCUUUUGUCUCCUUUUUUUGUGUCCAUAUGGAGUAUGGCGGCAAUCCUUGACUUGAACUGCUGCAACAACUUUCUAUCUGUGCAAAGUUCUUUCUUUGCUGCUAAAAAAAACCACCAGCCAGGCAGUCACUACUGCAAAAAUCUAAAAAAAUGGAAUAUAUGUGCAAAUUCAUUGACAAGAAAAAAUGUGUGUGUUUACUUUUACACCUUAUUUUUGUACACCUUCGUUUAGAGACAUUCUUUUCGACCAUCGCCACCCACCCCUCUCCCACAUCGUUUUUUUACUCCUCUUCUUAUUAAUGUCGUGGAGGGGGGAGGGAAGCACAGAUACAUCUUUUUUUCUCUCUCUCUCUUCUUUCCCUUUAUAAUGUCAUUGUCAGUCAGUUAGUGAUUCUUGUUUUGGACAACAAAAAGUAUCUUUUAUUUAUCAACGGAUUAGUCAAAACAUGAUAUACUUACUGUCUUAUGCAAUGGAGCAUGGAGUUUAUUGAUUAAUAAUAAUAAUAAUACUUGCACUGUAUAGUAAGUAUUCUAUCCUAUUUCUUUUUGAGAUAAUCAAUUUCUUAACUAUUUUUAAGAAAUACAAACAUCUCUGUACAUUAUUCCUUGUAAUAGUAGUUUGUAUUUAAGAUUGUACACUUUACCUUAUAAACCAGUAUUGUUCCUUUCAUGAUUAUGUGUGUUCUUUGUGUGCUGAGCUGAUCUGAGGGCAGCGCUUCCGUGGUACAUCUAGGUUAUCUGUUGUCAGUUCUGUUUGGCUGCAUGACUGUGGACCCGCUUUCGUUUCCUCCUUCUCUUCCUCUUCCUCAUCAUAUAACCUUCCUCAUGCCACAUUCGGUGACCUAA